AUGGAAAGAGUCAUAACAUCGAGACUAGAAGUGGUGAGCCAAAUGGCCACGCUGUUCCACCGUGUGAUUGGCCACAAUCCGUUGGAAACCAGGAUCUCUGAUGUUUCCAUUGUGACGAUAUUCCCAGAUAAUCUUAAAAUCAUUGUUAUAUCAACAGGUAAUGAAUCAUAUUCGAUAAUCAUCAAGACCAGUGCAACUUGUUAUUCAUUUGAUAUCAAAUAUAAUCAAUUCUUCAAAUCAGUGGUGCUACCAAUCGAGCCAUAUGAGUUAGAUACAAUGUACGUUACUUAUAAAGGAGAUGUUCACAAAAAUUUCAUUGGAGAAAUGUUUAAUAGAUUAGGUGAGGUUCCAAAUAUUUUCAUAAAUCAUGAAUUCGAUGCUGAAGGUGCUAAAUUCAUGUCUGAAGUGUUUGUUCCAAGACAUCAUGAUUUUUCUCAUCAUGGUGUAGCUCCAAAUUUUAGUGCUAAAGAGACGGAUUAUAUUUUGUUUAGAAGGGUUAGACCUAGAAUUGCUGGUGAAUUAAUGUUUCCAAAUGAUAUGAAGAACAGUUUCACCACCUCAACUACUGAGAUAAAAAGGAAAAGGGAAGAAAAGAAAGAAGUAAAGAAGAAACAACAAGAAGAGAGAUUAUUAAGGGAAAAAGAAGCUAGAGAAAAAAUUAAUAUUGAUGAUUAUCCGCUAUAUUUCCCACCACCACUUCCUGGGUUUUAA